ACCUGUAAAUCAGUUUCACCGCCUUCCGAACGCGGAACGUGGUUGCCAGACGCACGGUUGGGUUUGUUUACAUUUGGCGAUCGCUGUUGACCUGCAUCAUCAAAUCAAAUAGGGCUAACUUACCAGUGUAAUCACAAAUCACAAAUCACAAGCCGAAAGCGAUGCAAACGCCUUGAUGCGGCCUUAAUUUACGACCUGCCUUUGAGAGAGAACGACAUCCCGGACACAAUAGUGAUGUCGUACCGUCAUCCUCUACACCAGAUUCAGGCAAAUGACAACUCGGCGCAACUCGCAAAGCGCCAACCGUCGACUGCCUCGACGUCGUCGUCGGCCUACUCCCAUCCCUCAGAAGCAUCGUAUCUGAGUCGCACAAGCACCAUAUCAUCAACUGCAUCAAGCGGAUACCAGCAACCUGCGCAUAAACGGGGUCUCAGCGAAGCCAAAGGCAUGUCGCCCGUACGUCCUGGCAGCUCUGGAAGAGGCUUCAGCACCCCAAACUCAGGAGACCCUUUCCAGAGUGUGCGCCUGUCUCUGCGCCCGCUUCCCCAGGUACCUGCACAGACCUGUCCCUCGCCGCCUAGUAAACAACCAUUCCAGCACUCAAGAGGACAAAGCUUGGAUGUCAAGCCAAUGUACAAUGACACUGCUGCCUCUCCGCCUCCGAAGCGAACAGGUGCACUAAGGCCGAACUCGAUGUUACUAAGCCGCGCCGACUCAACUAGAACGGUGCGAUCUAAUACCCUGCAGCCCAGCUCGCAACUCUCGCCAUUAAACACUCCCGUGGCCGCGCCGGACCUUCAGAGCCUUGGAAAAUCAUCUACCGGCCACCUUCGCACUUUGUCGAAAUUUGCAGAAGUAUCAUCUCCGAAUGAGUUUGCUAUUAGCUCACCCGCACAAGAAGUUGCAGGAUUACAUGGUAGAAGGAGGCUUCAGAGGACAGACAAAACAGCGAAUGGUGGAAGUGCUGUCGCUCUCAGCAAUGGCACGGGGUAUAGCUGGGAGGGACGGAAUUGGAUGGACAAACAACGACAAUUUUUGCAAGCCUACGAGUACCUCUGCCAUAUUGGAGAAGCAAAAGAAUGGAUCGAAGAUAUCAUCCACAGGCCUAUACCUCCGAUUGUCCAGCUCGAGGAAGCCCUUCGCGACGGAGUCACCCUUGCUGAAAUUGUUGAAGCUCUCCAGCCGGACAACCGAUUCCGCAUAUUUAGAAACCCCAAACUCCAGUACCGGCAUUCCGACAAUAUAGCCAUAUUUUUCCGAUUUCUUGGCGAGAUUGAGCUUCCAGAUCUCUUCAGGUUUGAGCUGAUCGACCUUUACGAGAAGAAAAACAUUCCAAAGGUCAUCUACUGUAUCCACGCUCUAAGUUGGCUGUUAUACAGGCAAGGUGUAGUUGACUUUCGCAUUGGAAACCUCGUCGGACAGCUGGAAUUCGAACACCAUGAGCUUGAAGCAAUGCAAAAGGGGCUUGACAAAGCUGGAGUCAGUAUGCCGAGCUUUGGAAACAUGGGCGCAGAUUUUGGCCUCCCGGAGCCGGAGCCAGAGUUAGUCGAGUCAGAGGAAGACAGGAUUGAAAGGGAGCUUCACGAAAACGAGUCAUCAGUUAUAGACCUUCAAGCACAAAUACGUGGUGCCCUCCAGCGAAUGCGACUUGCCAACACUAUGGAGAAGCUGUGGAAUUCGGAAGACUGGCUCGUCGACUUGCAGUCACGUAUUCGAGGAGAUUUUUCCCGCCAGAUCAUAGAUUACCGCCUCAGCAUGCGACGAUUCGCUGUUAACUUGCAAAGUUCAGGCCGGGGGUUUAUUCUCAGGAAGCAACUGAUGAACCGAACCGAAUUCUUCAAGAGCAGCGAAGCUGAAAUAUUAAAGCUUCAGAGCCUGUUCCGGGCAAGGAAAGUUCGGGCCGAGGUAUGCAUAACUAAGUCUGAGUUGAAAAAGGAGACUUUUGCUGUGAGGGACGUUCAAGCUGCUGUGAGGGGUUUUUUGAUGCGAACGAGAAUGGAACAACAACAUCAAGAAACCAGAAGUGUGGCCGCUCCAGUGCGGGGCUUGCAAGCCUCAAUCAGGGGAAUGCUACUACGAGCAACUAUCGCAAACGAUCACCACAUUCUCGACGCCGAAACAGCAUCUAUCGCCUUGAUACAAGCAAACGCCAGGGCUAUUCUAACCAGAAUCCAGGUGUCCAGGCAAAAACAGGCACUUCAGGCUUCCACUGGCAUUUGGAAAGCACUACAGGCUAUGUCCCGUGGAUACUUACUACGAAAGCAGCUUGAAUUCACGAGGAAAGAACUGAAAGCGCAGUCACCAAGUGUGUCUAUGUUCCAAGCAGCUAUUCGAGCUUCGGCAGUACGAAGUGGGACAGCGAAGAUCCUUGCCGCGCUCGAAACUGAAGAGACAACUAUCACGGAAGUUCAAUCGUUGGUUCGUGGAAUGCUCUCGAGGAAAAGAAUCGCAGCCCAGAAGGAAGCUCUUAGCCGCCAAACGGUAAAUAUCACCAAGCUACAAGGCCAUUCAAGAGGCUUCCUCUCUAGAGCAGCCAAUUCAGAGCUUCGCGCCGAUCUAUACUCCAACACUCCCGCAAUAAUCCAACUUCAGGGUCUUAUUAGGGCCAUGGUACAUCGAAAUGAUAUUGGAACCUUGUUGGGAGGGCUUGAGGAUGAGGAAGACUCGAUCGUUGCCUUUCAAACUGCCGCACGAGGACUAUUAGUCAGGACCAAGUUUGCAGAGAAGCAGAAGUUCUUCAAGGAGAAUAUGCAGAAAGUCAUCAAAAUCCAAAGCUUUGUUAGAGGACGCCUCCAAGGAGAGGCCUAUAAGAGCUUGACUACCGGCAAAAACCCACCCGUCAAUACUGUCAAGAACUUUGUCCAUCUAUUGAAUGAUAGCGACUUCGACUUCAACGAGGAAAUUGAGUUUGAGCGGCUCAGGAAAACUGUGGUGCAGCAAGUCAGACAAAACGAGACAUCCGAACAAUACAUCGAGCAGCUGGACAUUAAAAUUGCGCUACUUGUCAAGAAUAAGAUUACUUUGGACGACGUGAUGCAACAUCAGCGGAAUUUUGGAGGUCAUGCUGGUAGCCUACUCCCAAGCACAGCAAUGUCGUCGGGGAACCACUUUGAUCUCAAGGCACUCAACAAGAAUUCGAGAAAGAAGUUAGAUACUUACCAGCAGCUUUUCUUCACCUUACAAACCCAACCGCAGUACCUAGCACGUCUCUUCCGCAUGGUUCGCGAGCAAGGGAUGGCGGAGCAAGAGUCAAAACGUGUAGAGACAUUAAUGAUGGGCCUGUUCGGAUAUGCGCAAAAGAGGCGAGAAGAAUAUUACCUCCUGAAGCUUAUUGCGCGAUCCGUCAAGGAAGAGGUGGACGGAUCCCACUCCAUACAAGACUAUCUCCGAGGCAAUUUCUUCUGGACUAAACUUCUGGCAAACUAUACCCGAUCGCCACGGGACCGAAAAUUCUUACGAGAGCUCUUGGGUCCUCUUAUUCGCGAGAAUAUUAUCGACGAUCCCGCACUGGAUUUGGAGAGCGACCCGAUGCAGAUCUAUAGGUCCGCGAUAAACAACGAGGAACUUCGAACCGGGCGACCCAGCCACAGACCGCUUGACGUCAGCCGAGGAGUUGCCAUUAAGGAUAAAGAGACGCGCGACUUGUUCAUUGACCAUCUCCGAGAUCUCCGAGAGAUUUCCGAUCAAUCCCUUCUCGCACUGGAAGAGACCUUGCAGAAGAUGCCUUACGGAAUUCGCUUUAUUACGCAACAGUUGUUUGAAUGCCUAUGCGAAAGAUUCCCUGGCGAAAAGCAAGCCUACAUACUCCAGGUUGUUGGCCAAUGGGUGUUCCGUUCCUAUAUUCAGCCGCCAUUAACAUCGCCACAAGAAGUUGGCGUGGUAGAGAGGCAAUUGACGCCAUUGCAGAAACGGAAUCUUGGGGAAGUAAGCAAAGUGCUAUGCCAAGUCACCACUGGCAAGCUCUUUGGCGGGGAUAAUAUCUAUCUUCAGCCCCUCAAUGCCUAUAUUGGAACUGCCAUUGAGAGGAUGGGCAUCAUAUUUGCCGACUUGAUUAAUGUCCCUGACGUGGAGCAAACCUUCGAUAUUGAUGAGUUCAACGACCUGUACUCGAAAACCAAGCCGACACUAUACAUUAAGAUGGCAGACAUAUUUGCCAUACAUAGCUUAGUGAUCAAGGAGCUACCACAGGUAUGCCCCAACAGGGACGAUAUGCUCCGAGAGAUUAUCCAGGAGCUUGGAAGUGCCAAGAACAACGAAAUGGAAUGGUCAGGCGUGACUUCGUCGGAGAUCCAGAUGACACUCAACCCCAAGCUUCACGAUACCGAUGAUCCAGAAGCUACAGUAAAGGCUCUAUUUAUGGAGACCAAACGCUGUGUUUUGUAUAUCAUCCGCGUCCAAUCCGGACCCAACCUUAUGGACAUCCUUGUUCGCCCAGUUACACGCGAGGAUGAGCAGAAGUGGAAAGCUCUUGUCAGAGAAGAGUUUGCUGCUGGUAGCAAUACACGCGGCGCAUAUUCGGAUGCUAACAUGAUGGAUAUCACCUCGAUGCCAUAUUCUGAAUUGAAACGCACAGCCCUAGAAAACAUUAUGCGCCUGGAGACACAGUUUGGCCGUAUCUCGCGGCAUAAUCAAUACCAAGAUCUUCUCAAUGCUAUCGCCGUGGAUAUUCGCACAAAAAGCCGCAGGCGAAUUCAAAGGCAGCGAGAACUGGAAGGCGUCAGGCUUACGCUGGGCAACCUUCACGAUAAGGCAGCGUGGCUAGAACAACAACGGAAGAGCUACGACAACUAUAUCGAGCAAGCCAUGAUGACGUUACAGAAUAAGAAAGGCAAAAAACGAUUCCUUCUACCAUUUACCAGGCAGUACAACCACGAGCGUGAACUCCAACGAACCGGACGUCAGCCCAAGUUCGGCUCCUUCAAGUACUCGGCACGAAAUCUUGCCGACAAGGGCGUACUUGUGUCAUGGUCUGGCUACACCGAAAAGCAGUAUGAAAAGAUCAACGUCACCAUCUCCUGUGAUGAGGUUGGCAUCUUCUUUAUCGAAGGCAGCCUGGGCAGCAUUCAAAUACCGGGCGCCAGCGCCCAGGUUCCGCUGGAAGACUGCCUGAGCGCGCAGUUCAACAACCAUCAAUUUAUGAACUUGUUCGAGGGUGGACUGAAGCUGAACGUCAAUCUUUUCCUUCAUCUUAUUUACAAGAAGUUCUAUAGAUCGACGGACUAGACUGGCUGUGCACUCUCUGCUUGAGCUGGAACCGGAACUUUCACGAGUAACUGACGAAGUGGAGAUGUCUUUUUUUGUUUUUGUUUUUUUUGCAUAGCCUGGUUUUGUGUGGAGUUUGGGUGUGGGUGGGAGCUGGAAGCUGGG